GUUUUAAUUUCUGUGCUACUUAAAUAAACGCGCGCGAGCGCCCGAGUGCUUCCUGGUGCUUUAUUUCAGGAUCACAGCCAGGGGAACCGAAACGGUCAGCAGGGCUUCCAGGAAGCGUCACCGGGGAGCGCGCACACCGACAGACAGAGGAAUGCAGCAGUGUCUGCGACUCUCGGUCUGGCAGCCGCGGAACUAGAAGGUUCGCAGGCAGCGCGCGCGGCUCGGAGUGCGCGACGGUGUUUUUAUUUCCUCGCUGUCGGCGCGAGCUGGUGCUGACGCGAUGCUUUAGCCAUGGACAGCAGGAUAAACGAGAAUCCUGCGAGAACGUUUGAUUUGGCUCUUCAGGUCGCAUGUCCAUCAUCUGAACAUGAAGAUCCGACCGUGCUGUGGAAGUUCCCUCAGGACUUUGGAGACCAGGAGGUCCUGCAGACAGUGCCUAAGUUCUGCUUCCCAUUCGAUGUUGAAAGAGUGUCGGAGACCCAGGUGGGCCAGAACUUCACCUUUGUGCUCACAGACAUUGAGAGCAAGCAGAGGUUUGGCUUCUGUCGGCUCACGUCCGGCUGCAGGGUCUGCAUCUGUUUGCUCAGCUAUCUCCCAUGGUUUGAGAUUUAUUAUAAGCUGCUAAAUACCCUUGCAGACUACUUGUCAAAACACCAGGAAGACGACUUGAACGAUAUGUUGGAAACGCUGCAUAACCACCCCUUGCCAAAGCCGUAUACGCCAGUAAAUCUGAGUGUGAGCAACUACUUGCAUUUUGCCAAUGGGCAAGUAGUGCAAGAUCCAGGAAGCAGACACUCGCAUUCAUACUUCAUAGCUCCUGAUAUUAAUGGACUCCCCACCAUACCUGAAAAUAGAAAUUUAACGGAGUACUUUGUCGCAGUGGAUGUAAACAACAUGUUGCACCUCUAUGCCAGCAUGCUGCAUGAGCGACGCAUCAUCAUUACCUCAAGCAAGCUUAGCACUUUAACUGCAUGCGUGCAUGGGUCCACCGCCAUGCUCUACCCUAUGCACUGGCAGCACAUCUUCAUCCCUGUACUUACUCCUCACCUGCUGGAUUACUGCUGUGCGCCCAUGCCAUAUCUGGUCGGAGUUCAUCUCAGCCUUUUAGAGAGAGUAAAGAGCAGAUCCCUGGAGGAUGUGGUCAUUCUGAACGUGGACACAAACACCCUAGAAAGCCCCAUAGACGACCUCCACAACCUGCCCAGUGAUGUGGUCUCCAGUCUGAAGAGUAAGCUGAAGAAGCAGUCGACUGCUACAGGAAGUGGGGUGGCUCGGGCCUUUCUGCAUGCUCAGGCUGCACUGUUUGGCUCCUAUCGGGACGCCCUGAGAUAUAAACCUGGAGAGCCAAUCACAUUCUGCGAGAAGAGCUUCGUGGCACACCGCUCCAGCACCAUGAGAAGUUUCCUUGAGAUGGCCGUGAACCUGCAACUCUUCAAGCAGUUUAUUGAAGGCAGACUGGCCAAAUUAAAUGCAGGAAGGGGCUUUACAGACGUCUAUGAAGAGGAGAUCACAGCAGGGGGCUUCUGUAGAAGUAAUUCGAGGUCUUAUCAGCAGUGGAUUCACACCAAGAUGCGGCAGAGAGCAAAGCCAGUUGUGAAAAACCUUCAGUUGGCCAAAAAUCAUGCGAAACGGAAAAUACGCGACAUGAAGGACAAGAUUACACAAAAGGACGCUGAAGAGGAGGAAAGCCCGUACUGUGCAGGUUCUCCCACCAGCACUAAAAGCCUCUCACCCAGGAGACUUCAGAGGAUAGCGCAUCAAAAUCCAAAGUCGUCUCCACACAUGAGCCUGUGUUUUCUGGACGGUUAUGACAACAGUGAUGACACAGCCAGCAGAAUAUCCUCUGAGGACAGCGGGGAGGUGGCGUCAUACAAUGAGGAAAGUGAUGACUCUGAUUUAGAGUUUCAGUCUGAAGUGAGUCAAACAGGUGAGAUGAACCUGCUGGAGGAGAUUUUGGACUCUCUCAGUACUUCCCACAUCGAACAAGGGCGACUGUCCGCUGCCAAGAGCCUGGACUUUUUCAGAUCAAUGGAAGACCUGGACUACAAUUCCACGAAAAAUGGCAAGUCCCCACUGGGAAGUAGUCCUGCUCAGGCCGGUUGUGAAGUAGGAAAUGGAGAACAAGGCGGAUGGAAUAUGGGUCAAGACGACAGCGCUGUUCACGGUAAGCAUCUCCCACCUUCUCCUCGACGCCAACCCUCCCGUUCCCUUCCUGUCCGUCCUUCCCUUCCCAACGACGUCGCCAAUGAAGAGGUCUCCAAAAACCCAAGGAACACUCUCCCUGAGACACCCACAAUUCAACUCUCGCUACUCUGGGACAUUGAUACUCCCACCAGUUCCCAGCUGAGCCCAGACAACCAGUCGCCAACGGGCCGCAGCCUCUGCCGACAGAAGGUCCAUUCCAGAAAAACCCGGAGGCCCUCUCAGGAGCAUGUCCAGGAGAAGGGAUCAGGAGGACAACCUUCAGUCCUCGUUCCGUGGGAGAGAGAAAACCAGCCCCAGGGGACCGAUAUGGCAGCAAGAGGGAGUGAGUCUCAAGAGGAAGGCUUGCUAGAAGAGAUCGAGUCCAUGUGUCGCAUCAGCAUGGACCUCAAAAGCAACCAGGAGCCCACACACAUUCAAACCAACACCAGCCUGGACAAAUCCUGAGAAAACGGCAGAACACUCACAUCUAAUCUUUCUCUUGUCAUAUUCACGCUAUCCUCUGAACUCACACCAGCACUCAUUGCAUGAAGUGUUUGCAAAGGUGUUUUGUAGUGAAUGUGAAUAAUCGGUCCUCUUAUUUCUCACAUUCGGUCCGAAACAAACGGUAUCUUUCAGAACUGCUGGUUGGAAAGGACGAAAAGUAAGGUUUAAAGGGAUUUAUGUCAGCAUUUAUCAUUCAGUUUUAUUUAAUUCAGCAGAUGAUUUGCACAUGCGUAGUUUCAAAUCACUGUUUCGAUAAAUCACUGUGGAUGAGGGAUAGACUUCUCCCUGUAUAUUUUACUAAACGGUACGAAAGUAUUUAAAUAGCCAGCCAAUCUCAGCUUAAUAUAAUGCCUUAAACCGAUUUAAUUAGCUUUUACACAGUAUUUCCAGACUGUGCCACUAUAGCUGGCUAUCUUGCUAACAACUUGUAUGCAGCACGUCUUAUAAAGAGAUAUUUAUCCAUGCCAAUUUGCUAUUUUUUGGGGGGAAAAAAUAUAUUUUUUCAUGACAAUUCUCAGGUUUAUGCUUUUAUCCAAGAGGAAAAAUCCCAAUUAUGUUUUUAAGAACUAAUAAACUUAGAAUAUAGAUUUCUUUUUCUGAAUAUUAAAGUGUGAAAACACUGGUGCUGCCAAUGCCCAGUGCAAAAGGGAAUACUUAGUUACAAAUAAAUAAAUGUGUUUUAAACCCCUUAUUCUGUACAAAGGCUCAAAGAACACAAACGUUUUUAUCUAGCUGGCACAGUUUCACACAAAGUUGUGAAAUUUCGAACCUAACACGUACAUGUUGCAUUCUCAGUGUUGCCACAAGGGGUGCAGUAUCAGCAUUAUCCUAACUAUUGUCUGAGUAGCUACUGUAUUUUCUGAGGCGCUAACUUAUUAACCUUCAAAAAGUCUGUUUUCUAUAAUACGAAUGUGUGCCAUCUGCCAUUUUGCCAUUGUCAUGUGACUUAUUGCGUCACUUCACUGCCAUUCGCGACUCUUUUUCCAUGGCCUCAAGGGAUAGGAAAUGAUCCAUUGAAUGUGCACUUCAAAAUAUUGUCGGAAGUAGUGAGAAGCUGUGUACUUGCCUACAGUUUUAUAAAUAACAUGGAUUCAGUUGUACUACUCUGUUCUCUUACCGUUUUUCACCUACAUUACUAUAUAGGGAAGUAGCCAUAUUCAAAUGCAGGGUGUCUUCAUCUAUGGCUAUGACUACUAUCAUGGUGGUUUGAUGUGAACCAAGACCUCUAGCUAGCUACCUAAAUUGUUAACUUGUACGGUUUGGUAGAACAGAUGUUUGCAUGUAACCAGCCUCCUUGAAUACUGACAUUUGCAGGGUUUGCAAGCGCAACUGCUUUCCAGUCGUUUAAGUUAGAGAAAGCUUUACCUCGUCCCCUCGUCAAAGCUGUACUGCUACACCAAACAGGAAGUGGUCAUUAGAUCCAGCACUUGUUUCUUUAGUGGCCAGUGAAUUAUUUAGGCUGUUGAACAGAGUGAUUUAGGACACGUGCCAUUCUGUCUGACACUUUAAUGACUCUCCUCUCCCCUCCUGCGUAAUCUGCUGUGGUAACGAUAUAGCUGUAAAAGCAUUCAAAGUUUAGGACCCCUGUCUCAAGCCAGGCUUAUUAAUGUAGUGGUUUAACUCAAAGCUGUCCUGAAACUGUGCUUCAGCCUUUGAACAAAUCCGAAGUGCUGAUGAACUAUGCAAAUUCCCAAUCAGUGUUAAAUGCUCGGCACCCACCAAACAUGCAGGACAUGUCUGUCAUUUUGUCCGACAAACCAAUCAGACAGGAGACUACCGUAUUUUCCGGACUAUAAGUCGCACUUUUUUUCAUAGUUUGGCAGGUCCUGCAACUUAUAGUCAGGUGCGACUUAUUUAUCAAAAUUAAUUUGUCAAAACCAAGAGAAAUUAACCAAGAGAAAACAUUACCGUCUACAGCCGCGAGAGGGCGCUCUAUACUACUCAGUGCUCAUGAAGUCUACACUGAAAACAUAGAGCGCCCUCUCACGGCUGGAGACGGUAAUGUUUUCUCUUGGUUCUAAAUAAAUACGACUUCUAGUCCAGUGCGAUAUAUAUUAGUUUUUUUUCCUCGUCAUGAUGUAUUUUUGGACUCAUGCGACUUAUACUCAGAUGCGACUUAUAGUCCGAAAAAUACGGUAGAUUAACGUUGGUGGACUUGAAGUUGAAAAAUGGUAUCGACGUCUUUCCACGGAUGAAACAAGAUACCUUCUUCUGAUCAUUUAAGUUUAUUUUGUAAUAUAGUGAUUAGUUCAGAUGCUACAGUGAUCCGUCACGAGUUAAAGAGCCACAAAACGGUAUUUAUUGUUAAGUCUGAAUUCUAAGUUUAUAUCUUUGCAAUUCUGAGUAAAGUCUGAAUUACCUUUAUUUUAUUUAUUUUUUGAUAACAUUGCUCAAAGGUAUUUACUGUAAAAGUGAUCCCAAAUAUGUGUACUAUUUUUAACAAUCGAACAAUUUAAGGGAAGUUCUGAAAUUAUAUUAACCCCAAUUCCUGUUUAAAUGCAAGGUUGUGCCUUAAGUGAGUUUAUCUGCUUGAAUAAUAUAGUUUCAGAUACUAGUGGGCUGUCUACUCCUUAGGUAGACAGCUCAUUAAUGGAAUCUCAUGCAUUACUGAUUUAAUACAGUCUACAUAGACAGCAGCUCUUUAUCAGUAUAAGUGCGGUCAGAUUAGAGACAUUUUGUGGGCAAUAAAAGGUCCAUUGUCAAAAGUGUAGCGAUGUAUGAAGCACAGCUCACUCUGAAGUCACUUUAAAAUCAAGCAACUUUCUCUUGAUCAGCUUGCAGAAUCCAUCUAACUUGAACCAGUUACAAAAUGUGGGAAAAUCUCAAUGAAAAGUCCCAGUCGUGUGGAUUCCUAUUGAAAUGACUGGAUUUUGCCCACCAGUAUUUGCAUAACAAUGAUAAAUGUGACCAAACUCUCAUGCGUGUGAUGCGGUCUUGAAUUUAGAUUUUAGUGGAGUUCAUAUUUAUUACAGGUACUUUAGGAUUUAGUUCUGAAUUUUGAAUUUUUGGUUUCUAAAUCACAAGAUACUGGUACUCAAACCGAAACAUGAAAUACUGUAAUAAUAGUAAAUAACAGGAGGAUGUCAGAAAAGUUGUGCGUUUUGCCUAAUAACCUGUUUGUAAGUAUAUGGUUGAUGCAAGAAAGACCAUCAGCCUGUUCAUUACCAAUUCAUUACCAAUACAUUGCUUUCUCUGCAUAUUUUUAUUAUCUUUACUGUUUUUGAUAUUUUGUAUUUAGAAAACGUACAGUUUGGUUUAUCGUUGUCGUCCAUGACUUCAAGUGUGCUGUGUGUUUUGAAUAACGUCUUGAUAUUUGUCUUUGGUAAUGACUGAAAAUUCUGAAUAGUUAGAAUUUUGCCUUGAAAAGAUAUUUAACCCCUUUUCUGUCUUACUUCCGUAUUUGUUUUUAAAGUAGAGAUUUAACAUUUUAUUUAAUGUUUAGGAUUAUUUGAAAUCUGAUCACAGUUCAUAUUGCAGCAUAGAAACUACCAAGUGUUUUUUUUUCUUUCUUUCUUUUUUUAAGCUGAACUGUGUAAUCUUUUGGGAAACCUGUAUGAAAACAGUCAUUAUUUUUACAAUUUCGCUGGGUUACAUUAAAUUUGAACCAGUUACUGUUCAACAGCUGUUUAAAUUUAAACACUACUUGAAACUAGUCACCACAUACAUUGAGGAAAGUGCUACCCAAAGUCUUUUUUUCUUCUUCUUUCCUGUUUACAAAUGCUGUUGUUUUUGAUGUGCAUUUUUGUUGUAAAGUUCUGAUAUUUUUUGUGACGCUGGGAAUUCUUUUACAGAUGCAUGAGCGCACUUCUUUAUAGCGACAAAAUACAAUGUCAACUUUUGUAACCAUGGUACCAUUCACAUGGUUUUACUUCGUACAAUUGUGACGUCCUUAAUUUUCCGUCAUGUUUUGCUGUUGAAUUCUUUUGUAAAUUGAGUAACGAGCUGCUGUAGCUGAAUCACUGGACUCUUCAAACUCUGCUUCUGAAUGUUCAACUCAACGUAACAUGCUCUUGUUACACAAAGUCUGUAUAGCUGAUUUUAUUCAAUAUACUGUAAUGAUAAACACCAAUCAUGCUUCAUGUUUGCUGGUACGUACAUAUGGAAUCACCAGGUAAUAAGUUCAGUUUGUAAGUUGAAGUGCUUUUGAGUGAAUGAUGCUGGAUGAAUUCUGCCGCGUGCUCUCUGUGCAGUUAUAUCGUUUUCAUGCACAAAUUAGGUCGGUCUGAUGUGUUAUAACAGGAACUACUGGUACCAAUGUAUGCACUAUGAACUGUAAUAAAUAAUAAACGUCCAUUCAACUCA